UGUGCGCGCGCACGGGGGGCGGGCACGGUGUCCCAGGAGGACAGAGUUUGCAUUGAUGAAAACCUUUCCCAGCCCUUUGAUGCCUUUCUCACUGCCCUGAAGUUAGCCAGCCCAGUCUUCCGAGCGUCCUGCCCGCCGCUGUGCUCACUCCUGGCCAGGAUGGCCUCCUGUCUGGCCCUGCGCAUGGCGCUGCUGCUGGUCUCUGGGGUUCUGGCCCCUGCGGUGCUCACAGAUGAGGGUCCGCAGGAGCCUGUGCCCACGCUGUGGAACGAGCCCGCCGAGCUGCCGUCGGGAGAAGGCCCUGUGGAGAGCACCAGCCCCGGCCGGGAGCCCGUGGACACCGGUCCCCCAGCCCCCACCGCCGCGCCAGGACCCGAGGACAGCACCGCGCAGGAGCGGCUGGACCAGGGCGGCGGGUCGCUGGGGCCCGGCGCCAUCGCAGCCAUCGUGAUCGCCGCCCUGCUGGCCACCUGCGUGGUGCUGGCGCUCGUGGUCGUCGCGCUGAGAAAGUUUUCCGCCUCCUGAAGCCAAUAAAGGGGCCGCGCCCGGCCGCGGCGCGAAUCGGCUGC